AUGACAGGGUCACCCAAUGGACAGGCCUUCUUACUAAAUUCGGACGCCCCAGAAGGACCUACUCGAUUUCCUCAAGCACGAUCAGUACCAAGCAACAGUCGCACAACCUAUGUCUCUGGUAUUGCAAGCUUGCUUCCUGACGGCACAGUUGCCGGCGCCGAGGAAGGUCAGAUACCUGAUGUUCGAAAGCAGACCGAGACCAUCCUCGGCACAAUCGACAACAUCAUCCGAGGAGCAUCUGACGGAAACGGCAGCAUCCACAAUCUGAUAGAUGCCGUGGUUUACUUGACAGAGAUGGAAAGAGAUUAUGCAGGCAUGCACGAGGAGUGGAACAAGGUCUUCAAGAGUCAGAUGGUAGCGCCUGCUCGAGCGACCAUCGGCGUCAAGAAUUUGCCAGACCCACGAUUUGUGGUGGAAGUUAAGGGUGUGGCGAUAGUGCCUGGAUGA